AUGGUGACCACACAGCUCUCUGCCUGGGCCUCGCUGGACAUGUGGCGGGAGGCAGGAGGCCACGUGCUCUAUUCCCUGGGCCUGGGAAUGGGCACCAUCAUCAACAUCUUCUGCAAGGCCGGAGGCCAGAAUUUUAUCCAAGUGGCCUGCAUGGUGGCCCUGGCCAACCUGGUGGCCUCGUUGCUGACCACAUCCCUCAUCUUUAUAGUGCUGGGCUUCUGGACAACCAGCAGUGGUGAAGCCUGUGUUAGGAGGAGUGUCAUAAAUCUGAUGAAUCUGAUAGACAAGGGGAUCCUGCCCCAGGAUGUCAGGCCUCCCAAACACAUCCUGCUCCUGGCCCCGCUGGACUACCAAAACUGGAUCGAAAACCUCCCCGAACACCUCAAGUACCAGGUCAUCCGCGUCGCCCCACCCUGCAGCAUCAGGACCCUGGAGGAAAAGUUCAUGCAGGGCCCUGGCCUGGUAUUUGCAGCCUUCUCCCAAGCCAUCUCGUUGCUCCCCAGUGCCUCUCUCUGGGCCAUCCUCUUCUUCCUUGUCCUGUUCAUCAUGGGACUGAGCACCUUGAUGAAAAUCUUGGAAGGCAUUGCCUUUCCCCUCCAGAACUCCAUCUUCAGGCAGCAGCCCUUGCUGCUCUCAGCGAUCAUCUGCCUGGGAGGUUUUAUGGGCAGCCUCGUCUUCACCAGUCAGCCAGGCAGCUACAUUCUGUCCUUGUUUGAUGAGCACGUGGUCCCACUGGUCCUCAUCAUCAUCGUGGCCUUCCAGAACGUAACUCUGGCCUGGGUCUAUGGAGCUAACAGGUUCAGGGAAGAAAUGUAUGGCGAUCUGGGCCACCUGAUGUGGUCCUUCUUCGCCUUCCUGUGGCGCUUUGUGACCCUGCUCGGACUGCUGUUCCUCUUCAUCCUGUGCCUCACGAGUCUGUUCUCGAACACACCCCCUCACUACAUCUCCUGGAACAGCAGCCUGAGCCAAGAAGUGACACGACCCUACCUGCCCAGCACCCGGGGCUGGGUCACCCUCCUCAGCAUCCUCACCUGCCUGCCCAUCCCAGUACACCCGCUGCGGCAGUGGUGGUACUUCCAGGACCACGAGGUCAAAGAGCCCUUCGGAAAGAUGCCAAGUCAAAAGUUAAACUUGUCCACCAGGCCCUCACUGUGGUCUAACCACGACAAAGAGAAGGUCAGCUUCAAGUCCCAGGACAGAAGGCUCGAGGGCUCGACGCGCAUGCUCUCCCUGCCCUUGGCCAGAUCGUCGAAACUGGACUCCCUGUGGCAGUUCAGUCUGCCCUGGAGCCGGCACAGCACGUCAGGCUCCGGGUUCAGCCUGCCUCUCUUCUCCUUGACCUCCGUCUUUCCCAUGAGGAACCAGCGCACUUCGAGGCAAACGAACCCAAACUCAACAGUCACGCUCAACAGUGACAGAAGCGGAGACGCCGAGGAAGAAACUGAGUCUCUUCAGUAACUGGUGACCUCCGCCCAUUUUUCCAAGGAGCAAAUCCGUCCCAUCACUGGCAGCCUUGAAGCCCAUUUUGCUACGGGAAUCCUUCCUGAUGCUGCCAGACAGGAAGGGGAGGGGCGCUUGGAAAACUUACCUAGCAACCGAUGACGUCCUGGUUUGGCCUUGGGAGGAAACGGACCGUCCGGGAGCCUGUUCCUGUCCUGGAAUUGCACCGAUUCUGCUAAGUGGA